CCCUGGAGGCUGUCCGCAUCAGCUCUCUCCCCUGCCCAUAACUGGGUCAACUCAGGCCCUGUUAUGGGCCACACAGCUGCUGGAAGGCGUGUGGUCGUGGAAAAGGGGAGGGGAUAGAUGUCAGUGUAGUUGGGGAAGAAUCCCCCAUCCAUGGCAACUCCCAUCGGAGGCAAGGCCUCACCAUCCAAGGGCUGCCUCUGAUUGUCCCCCACCCCCACCUGAGACCUCAGUGGCCAGAUGGGGGAGGGGCGGGGGCGGGGCGAGAUUCAAGCAGGGUGUGUCCAGAUGGUCAGUCUCUGGUGGCCAGCCUGUCCUGACAGCAGAGUUAAGCUCCCACUCUCCACCGGUGUCUGCUGGCCAGGUGGGCUAAGGGUGACCGAGAGACCAGAACUUGCUUGCUCGAGCUCAGUGCUCAGAGCUGGGGAGGGAGGUUCCGCGGCUUCUCCGCUGUCAGCGCCCGCAGCCCCUCCCGGCUUCACUUCCUCCCGCAGCCCCUGCAACAGAGAAGCUCCGGGAUCCCAGCAGCUGCCACGCCCUGGCCUCAGCCUGUGGGGCCACAGAGGCUCCCCAACCCUAACUGGGGCCCCACCCUCGCCAAGUGAUGGAGGCUGUGGUUUCAGUUUUCUUGUGAGGGCUCCAGUCAGGCCAACACUGACCCGCAGCUGGGAGGAAGGCAGGAUCCUUGACACCUCUGUCUCCAUAGAGGUCCCGGCUAGACGAGCAGCCUCCUCCCCCUAGAAUGACCUCACCCUCCAGCCCUCCAGCUUUCAGGCUGGAGACUUUAGACAGAGACCAAGAAGAUGGCUCUGAGACAGACAAAGAAAAGCUGGAGUUUGGGAGGGGGCCGCCUCCCAUGGAGUCACAGUUCCAGAGCGAGGACCGGAACGUCUCCCCUCAGAUCAAAGUGAAACUCAACUACCGAAAGGGAACAGGUGGCAGUCAGCAAGAUGAAAACCGAUUUGACCGAGACUGGCUCUUCAAUGCGGUCUCCCGGGGUGUCCCUGAGGAUCUGGCUGGACUUCCAGAGUACCUGCGCAAGACCAGCAAGUACCUCACUGACUCGGACUACACAGAGGGCUCCACAGGGAAGACGUGCCUGAUGAAGGCUGUGCUGAAUCUUAAGGAUGGGGUAAACGCCUGCAUCCUGCCGCUGCUGCAGAUCGACCAGCACUCUGGCAAUCCUCAGCCCCUGGUAAGUGCCCAGUGUAAGGAUGACUAUUACCGAGGCCACAGCGCUCUGCACAUCGCCAUUGAGAAGAGGAGUCUGCAGUGUGUGAAGCUCCUGGUGGAGAAUGGGGCCGACGUGCACGCCCGGGCCUGCGGGCGCUUCUUCCAGAAGGGCCAAGGGACCUGUUUUUAUUUCGGUGAGCUACCCCUCUCUUUGGCUGCCUGCACCAAGCAAUGGGAUGUGGUGAGCUACCUCCUAGAGAACCCACACCAGCCUGCCAGCCUGCAGGCCACUGACUCCCAGGGCAACACGGUGCUGCAUGCCCUGGUGAUGAUCUCGGACAACUCAGCUGAGAACAUCACACUGGUGACCAGCAUGUAUGAUGGACUUCUCCAAGCUGGGGCCCGCCUCUGCCCCACCGUGCAGCUUGAGGACAUCCCCAACCUGCAGGGUCUCACGCCUCUGAAACUGGCUGCCAAGGAGGGCAAGAUCCAGAUUUUCAGCCACAUCCUGCAGCGAGAGUUCUCAGGACCGAGCCAGCGCCUUUCCAGAAAGUUCACGGAGUGGUGCUAUGGGCCUGUCCGGGUGUCGCUGUAUGACCUGGCUUCUGUGGACAGCUGGGAAGAGAACUCGGUGCUGGAGAUCAUCGCCUUUCAUUGCAAGAGCCCGCACCGACACCGAAUGGUGGUUUUGGAGCCCCUGAACAAACUGCUGCAGGAGAAAUGGGAUCUGCUCAUCCCCAGGUUCUUCUUAAACUUCCUGUGUAAUCUGAUCUACAUGUUAAUCUUCACCACCGUUGCCUACCAUCAGCCUGCCCUGAAGAAGCAGGCUGACUCCCACCUGAAAGCAGAGGUUGGAAACUCCAUGCUGCUGGCGGGCCACAUCAUUAUCCUGCUAGGGGGGCUCUACAUCCUCGUGGGCCAGCUGUGGUACUUCUGGCGGCGCCACCUGUUCGUCUGGAUCUGGUUCAUAGACAGCUACUUUGAAAUCCUCUUCCUUCUCCAGGCCCUGCUCACAGUGCUGUCCCAGGUGCUGUGUUUCCUGGCCAUUGAGUGGUACCUGCCCCUGCUUGUGUCUGCGCUGGUGCUGGGCUGGCUGAACCUGCUUUAUUAUACCCGUGGCUUCCAGCACACAGGCAUCUACAGUGUGAUGAUCCAGAAGGUCAUCCUGCGGGACCUGCUCCGCUUCCUUCUGGUCUACUUAGUCUUCCUUUUUGGCUUCGCUGUAGCCCUGGUGAGCCUGAGCCAGGAGGCUUGGCGCCCCGAAGCUCCUACAGGCUCCAAUGCCACAGAGUCACUGCAGCCUGUGGAGGGACAGAAGGACAAGGAGAACACGUCCCCGUAUGGGAACAUCCUGGAAGCCUCCUUGGAGCUCUUCAAAUUCACCAUUGGCAUGGGCGAGCUGGCCUUCGAGGAGCAGCUGCACUUCCGCGGCAUGGUGCUGCUGCUGCUGCUGGCUUAUGUGCUGCUCACCUACAUCCUGCUGCUCAACAUGCUCAUCGCCCUCAUGAAUGAGACCGUCAACAGCGUCGCCACAGACAGCUGGAGCAUCUGGAAGCUGCAGAAAGCCAUCUCUGUCCUGGAAAUGGAGAACGGCUACUGGUGGUACAGGAAGAAGCAGCGGCGGGCAGGCGUGAUGCUGACCGUUGGCACUAAGGCAGAUGACAGCCCCGAUGAGCGCUGGUGCUUCAGGGUGGAGGAGGUGAACUGGGCUUCAUGGGAGCAGACGCUGCCUACGCUGUGUGAGGACCCGUCAGGGGCAGACGUCCCUCGAACUCUCAAGAACCCUGUCCUGGCUUCCCCACCCAAGGAUGAGGAUGGUGCCGCUGAGGAAGACCAUGUGUCCCUCCAGCUCCUCCAGUCCAGCUGAUGGCCAGAUGCAGCAGGAGCCUGAGGACAGAGCAGGGGGUCUUUCUAGCCACACCUGCUGGCUCUGAGAUUCCAGUGAAUUCUGGUGGCAAAUAUAUUUUUUCCCAAACUAACUCUUCUGGAAACAUUAUUUGAGCAGAGUUGCUGGGACCCUUAAAGCUGGUUAUGUUCAGAUGUCUCUGUGUGCACAGGUCGGUGUAUGGGACUAGGUUGCUCCUGCCCUUGCCUGGGCACAGAGACCCUCAGCUGCUGUGUCCCCAUCCUUACCCCCAUGUCCCCAAGUCUGGGGACUGUCCUCUACCUGGUUACAGGCAGCUGGUCGAGGUGCUGUGCUCACUGUUGUGGCAGAUAUAUGGUGGUGGACAUGGGCAAACACAGCCACCUCUCCUUUCUCCACCACGACACGCUUUGCUUCCCACAACCACCCUGCUUUCGGGCAGGCACCUGGGAAGACCCGUUAAAGCCACCUCUCUUGCAUUCUCUUCUUACUGGGCUUCUUGCUCAUCUUCCACCCCUCCCGAGCCAUUCUCUGCAGGGCAGCCAGAGGGGCCUUCCUAAGACACAAGACAAACAUGUCAUCUUUGUGCUCUGAAGGCUUGAGAGGCUCCCCAGUACCACAGAAUGCCCUAGCUGGCAUCCCAAGACCCCCAAGGUUUUGCCCAAGCAUUUCCGGACACCUCCUCCCUCCACCUGUUGCCCCGCCCUCUUUAGCACUCUCCCCAAAUUCAUGCAAGCCAAGAGACCUCGUGCUUGAUCCCUUGACCUGGCUCUUGCUGGAAGCUCCUCACCUACAUUAAAACCCUACACUUAUUUCUGAGGUCAGCUCAAAAGGUCUUAUGAUUGCCUUCCCAGUUUUUUGCAGUCAAAAUGAAUUUCUCUCCCGUGGUAUAACCGUGUGUGUGCAAAAGGUGUUUGCAUGGAUUAUUUUCCAAGGAGAGCUUAGCAUGUUCAUAGGCUGAAAGGAAAGCCUCAGUAGAGAGUUUUUCAUGGAAGGUGAGACAGGGACAUAGGUGAAAGAGGCCCCAGGGGAACGAGAGAAGAAAUGAGGUGGGCAGAGCUUUGCCCCAGAGGCGAGGAGAGGAUGGACUUGGAUCCAGGUAAGACGUCCGCUCGUUCCUUAAAGGUCGUGCUAAAGAGUGAUAAGGGUGGUCAGUGCGUGGGGGUUUGAUACGUGGAUACGGUAAAAUAGCUGUGGUGAGAGUAUUUGGCGACCCUCAAUAGAUUCGGGAAGAGCUACUAGGAUGAAUGCUUGCCGGGUGCCAAAACUCUAUAGGGUUUCACGUGUGUUAUCUCACGUGAUCUUCUGGGGCGCGGGUGUCUAGGUUUUCCAGACCAAUCGGAAGCUGACAGAGGAUGAGUGAUUGGCCCAAGACCACCCAGCUGGGGAGUGGAGGAGGCGGGGCCCAAAAACCGCGCUCCAGCCCUCGCGCAGGCGCCCUGGAACUCGCCGCGCUUCUUGAGACCCAGAAUUCCCGGGGCUGUGGAAGAGACCAUAGGCUAAACAGGAGGGGGAGCCCUGGGUAGCGCGGCAGGCUGUAUCGUUACUUGGCGGAAAGUUCCUGUGAGUCUUUGCCAGCGUCCCCCUCCUUUUGUGAGGAAUGGGAUAUUCCGACUCCUUAAGGGCCUGGGUUGCGGAAUGUGCGACCCUUUCGCUCCAUUUGUCAUGUAGGUAGGCUCGCUAGGUAUCGGGGAAUGGUGGUUAGGGGCAAGAGCAAAUAAAGAGCUCGAGCUUUAGUGGUUUCUGGGGAGAUGUUCCCGGAAAGCCUGGCUAGAGGGCGAGGGCAGCUGUUGAGAUGGCGUGGCUCCCCGGCUCUGGCGCCCACGUGGCCUUCGCGGCGGGCGCCGCGGCCAGGUGUUGGGCAGCCUGGCAGGGCAGCGCGGGGUCGAAUACGGCGGCCGUGGCUGAGUCUAAUGGAUCACGCUUGUGGCAGGGCCACAGUUGGAAGAGCCUGAAGUCUGCGACCCGGUUCUUAGGCCCGCCACGGACAGUGUGCAAACCCGAGAGAACAGGGUUGCAGAUUCGUGAAGGAUUCCUCAGCACGUUUGGCAGCUAAGUAUUGGAGCCAGGAGCCUUCCAUGAGGUUUUGAGAAUGGACUGCAAUUUUAGGGCUGGUGGCAGCAUCUCAGCCCAAGAGGAGGUUAUAUUCCCAGAUGAUGUCAGUCCCAAGGACCAGUAGCUGCGAUCAAUUUGGAUUCUGAAACCUUAUUAACGGGCUUCAACAUUGGAUGUAGAAACAUGCUUGCCUUGCAUAUCAGAGGACAUGCUCAGCAGAUCCAAGAGAUAUAUUUGGCAAAUUUUUCUAGACAAGGCACAUUGGGUAUCAUUACAUUCUUGAGUUUUUUGGGUUUUGAGACAGUCUUGCUCUGUUGCCCAGGCUGGAGUGUGGUGGCACAAUCACAGCUCAUUGUAGCCUCAAUCACCCAGGCCUCAGCAAGCCUCCUGCCUCACAGCUGGGACUCCAGCUCACACCACCACACCUGGCUCAUUAAAAACAAUUUUUUAGUUGAGACGGAUUCGCUAUGUUGCCCAGGCCAGUCUCAAGCUGCUGGGCUCAGAUGAUCGUCCUGCCUCAGCCUCCAAAGGCUCAGGCCAAGUUCUACCUUUGUCCUUUGCCAUCCUGCCCAACAGGAUGGUCUUUCCAUUUUUUUAAUGAAUGGACUUUCAUGAAUAAGUUAUGUUGGGGGGGGGGCGGCCAAGUCCUUUAAGCUGGAAAUUGUAAAUUCCUCCUGAAAUGUUUUCAUGCUGUUACCAUGAACUAAUACUACAAUAAAGGAUGGUCUUUGGUAUUGAUUCUUAAAAA